AAUAUAUAUACUAUGUAUCAAUUAUAUCUAUAUAAAUGAUCAUAUACAGCACGCUAAUGAGCAUAUAAACGGGCUCCUAAACCUGCACAUCGGCCAAUGGUACAAUUCGAUGUGCCUAGCUGCUCUGUAUGCUAUGAAUAUCUUACCUCAGAUUUAUGCGCAAUCACAACAUGUGGACAUGUAUAUCAUAAACAAUGUAUCACACAGUGGACAAAGAAAUCAUAUGUACCCUUAGCUAAAUGCCCUUUGUGUAGAUGUAAAAUUCUUUCAAAUGGGAUAAUAGAACUCAAGCUGGAAUGUGGAGAGAUAAGAGGAAAUAUAAAUCAUAGCGAUGCCAGUCAUGUUGAAUCGGAGGAGAUAUCGAGAGAAAUUGAAGAUCUUAAGCAUAAAUUAGCACAAGCAGCCUCUGAUAACCUCGAUAUCCGUGGACGAUUUGUAGAUCUCCAGAAUGAAAACACGUCGCUAGGAGAGUCUCUCAUAAUCGAAAGGGAUAAAAACGAGAUAUUGCAAAAUAAAAAUGAAGAACUCGCCCUAGAAGUGGCCGCCAACAAUACAACUAUCGCUAAACUUACUGAGGCGCUGGCAAAGCAUAAGUCAAGGCUAAAAAAACUGGAGGACGUUAAUAAUUACCUUAAAGCGGAAGAUGUGUCAGUAGAUGGAUUUAGCUCAUACCUUAAAACGCUCACUCCAAAUGAAAAAAUGACAAUGCUAACUAACAGAGUAUCAGAACUACAGGGAAUCAACAAUACGCUAACACAAUUGAGGGAUUUCUGGCAAAAGAAAUGCGAUAAGCUAAAUAGAGACUAUAUGAUACUCCAAAGGGAAUAUAAGACUCUAAUGACAAGACAGGCUGUGACACAGCAAUAUGGCCCCGAUCCGCUAAAUGAUAGUACGAAUAGCGAUUCCAAUAACAAAGAAACAGAAAUGGAUGCAUUUGGAUCUAGGAAAGUGAAACGGGUAAUAAAUUUUGGCCUUAAAAGUGCCAGUGAUAAACCCUUGCAAAGUACAAGAGUACUGGUACACAGGACGCCACCGUCAAAUUUUCUGAUGGAUCUGACACCAAUGUUCUCUGAAGCCCCCAAAGUUAAACCUCAGAAGAUAUCUGAUUUUUUCAAAUCGCACUAAGCAACACCCGUAUUUGGUUACCAGGGUGUUUAAAUACAACCCUAACUCAACCAAAUAGCAACGU